UUUUACUCAAUUCGAGAUAAACGGGGUUAAAGAAAUUAACAUUCAAAUAAACUGCGGGAAACAAGGACUCGAACAGCAUCUUCGAAACGUCUCUGUUUUCUUUUUUCUUUUUUUUUUUAUUUAUUUUAUCGUGAAGAUUUCGAGCGUUUUUCAACCAAGGAUUUAAUCACGUGGAGCUCGAGGCACUCUCUCGGUACUCAGAAUGAAGUACCUCGCGUUGGUACUCGCCGGUGCUGCACUGGUCGUUGCAGCAACCGAUGGCAAAGGGGGAGCCCGAGACGCGAGGGCAGCUACGGAUUCACCAGCUGAUGUAAUGGCGAGAAAUAUCCUCGAGUGGAUCCAAGGAAUUUAUCGUCAGGGUGUACGAAAAACUCGCCAGCAGGAAAACAACGCUUAUUUGCCGCCAUACAGCACGCAGCGGCCACCGGAUAAGCCGAGGCCUUUCCAGCCGGCGUCGCCCGGUCCAAACGGCGCAACGGGUUACCCAAGUUACCAGCCAUCCUACACGCCUCAGAACGGAUAUUCGCCAACAUCGACCCCGAAGCCGACUUACGUACCGGCGAGUCAGUCGGGCACGAAUUUCGGAUCUUCCCCGAGUUACAAUAAUCCUUCGACCUCGUACAAUCCACGUCCGAUUGCGACGAGCUCCCCGAGACCUUUCGGAGGCGGUUCGCCAGGAACUUCCACGACUUAUUUGCCACCUUCCCAGAGUCCUUCGUUCCCAUCGACUUACUAUCCCCCCUCGAAUCCCAGCUCCAAUUACCCCUCAUCCGGUUCAAACCCGACCGGUGGCAGUCCGGGCUACGGUUAUCCGUCCUCGAACCCAACACCGGGCUUCCCAACGCCCGGAAGCUCACCGAACGGACAAAACGACUAUUCCUACCCAUCGCCGAGUCCAGGUUUCCCGACGCCUGGUGGCGGUGGCCCAUCGACCGGAGGGAGGCCUGGGACAUCACCGGGAGGUAGCCCGGGAUCGUCGCCUGGAAGUCAACCGACACCGGGAAGUAGGCCUCAACCGACUCCGGGGACUCAACCGCAACCGACGCCGGGAAGCAAACCGCAACCGACACCCGGAAGCCAGCCUACGCCGACUGGACCGAGCGGGCCAACCGGUGCAGCCAACGAGGGAUCAGAAAAUGCCGUCUCGCCGGAUGACGACGAUCUUAAGCAUCCUCCUCAUAUUCACAACAUCGAGGUUCAGUGUAGUAAGACAAUGAUGACGAUAGAUAUCGAGUUCAACAGAAACUUCGACGGCGUCAUUUAUUCCAAGGGUUUCUUCACCGAUCCGAACUGCCGAUACGUGUCUCAAAACUCCGGUCAAAAAGAAUAUUCUUUCACGGUUAGUCUCGACUCUUGUGGCACCGAGUUCAUCAACGAUUUCGAGGGCGACGCGGGCCAAGCGUAUUUGGAAAACGUUUUAGUGCUGCAGAACGAGCCGGGCAUCCAAGAGGUCUGGGACACUGUUCGUCGCGUACGAUGUCUGUGGGAGGGAAACAUAAACAAAGCACUGACUGUGAGUCUCUCGGUGGACAUGCUGAACCAAGAGAUCGUGACAUUCAGCGGGGACACAGCCACCGCGAAGCUCGAUAUUCAAGUGGGUAAAGGUCCGUUCGCGCCUGCUGCUAAUGGUCUCGUAAAGAUUGGAGAAACGAUGACUCUCGUUGUUUCCGUCGAGGGUGAUCCUGGCUUCGAUCUUCAGGUCCGUGACUGCGUGGCUCGCGACGAAAGCUCAACGAACGUGGUCCAGUUGACGGACGAGCGUGGCUGCAUAUUGAAGCCGAAGCUCUUCGGAGCUUUCCAGAAAACGAAUGACACCGGAAACACCGGUGCCUCCAUAAUCGCGUACGCCUUUUUCCAAGCUUUCAAAUUCCCCGAUGUGAUGGAUCUGUUCAUCGAAUGCAACAUCGAACUUUGCAAAACCGACUGCGAGGCCUGUCCCGAUGGGAACCAACAGAUCGAGCCGGGCCGCAGAAGACGAUCGGCCUUUUACACCCCGGCGAAUUCGAGCGCCGGAGCCCUCUCCGAGCCCGUAAGAAUGGCUCGAGGUUUCCGUGUCAUUCUGCCCGACGAUUUGAGCCUCGCGUCGAGUUUGUCCUUGGAAAAAAUGGAGGAAACAGCGUUGGACGAAAUAAGCCAAGCGCGAAAUGUUUGCAUGAGCUACGAAGGCUUUUACAUCUCAUUUUCUCUCAUGCUUGCUAUUCUCGUCACGACAACCAUGAGCUCCGCUAUUUUUUACACGAAACUUCAGAGAAUUGCCAGAUCGAAAAAUCCUGAUGUACCUCCAAAGUGGUAAUCGAUUCUCGAUCCUUCAAUUCGUAUUUAAAUCCUGUGUAUGCGAGAGACUGAAAGUUAGAGAGAGAGAGAGAGAGAGAGAUCAGUGUAUAUUUUUUUCUACAACUUGCUUCGGCUCCAUAACACUUUUUUUUAUUGUAAAAAUGACUUUUUUUUAUCCCCAUGCAUUUAGCACCGGACCGUUUACGCAAUUCUCGAAUGCUUAUUGAAACUUCUAUUUAUUGAAGCUUCCAUCGUGAGAAACAGAGAUAGAGAGAGAGAGAGAGCAAGGAUAUACAAGAACACAUUUAGCCUGAAGAAGAUAAUUUUAUGAUUGAAAUGCGACUACAAACGUAAUUAUAUAAAAAAAAUUAUUCAAUUAGUUUAAGUGAUAAGCAAGAACGAAUUAUAUUUGGAUACUUUUAUAUAAAAAAUGCGUACGAGGAUGACUCGAAAGUUGUGGAUUUUUAAAACUGUCACAAAAAUUUCGUAUUCGAUCAUUUUGAUAGUUUUUUUUUCGUAAAUCUUUUGUCAAGUUUCUCAAUUUCUUGCGGUGUGUGAUAAUCUUGAGCUCAUGCUAUUCACGCUAGGAGUGGAAGAAAAUACUUUUCUCUGUGCUUCCGUAGGUUGCAUCCUUUUUUAUAUAAUGUAACAUUAGCAAGAACGUCAAACGCGAACCCGGACGUCGGUAUCGACGAAGGUUCGCUCGACAAUCGCUUCACUCGCUGUUCAAACGACAAAGAUUUUUUUUUUGUGUUUUUUUUUUACAAUAGAAAUAGUGAAAGAUUUUGUGCAGCCAUAUUUAGCGAAAGCAGCGAUGAUAUGUGUAUUGCGAAAA